GAAGAGAGGGAUCGGGGCAGAACAGCUCAAUGGACAAGGUUUGCUCGAAAGAGAAGACGAGAUAAAACCUAGGGAUGCGUUAGUGACAGUUUUAUGAAGAUUAGCAUUUUUGUUGUUCUUAUACAUAUAAGCAGCCAUAUUUAAGAAGUUAACUGGCUCAUGUUACUAUACUGUAAACAUAUGAGGGGUUUUAUUUACCUCCUAAUGUGACGCAACAGCAUCAGUGGAUCCACAGACGCUUACAAUAGGACAGCUUUAAUUAUGUAGUGGACGUGAGAUUUUAAAAAUAUGAAAGCCUUGUGAUGAAAAGAUAGAUUUGUUUUUGAACCAAGUACAUUGUUUUGUGGCAUUGGCGGUGGUUUGAGUAAUUUAAGUCCAUCAAGGAACAGUUACAUGAUGUACCAGAAUGGGUCAUCGGGCUGAUGUGAAGAUGAACCACAGAAGCAGCCCAGCAAAGGCUUAUGAUUUCCUCCUGAAGUUCCUGCUUGUUGGAGACAGUGAUGUGGGGAAAGGGGAAAUACUGGCUAGUCUACAGAAUGGUUCCAGUGAAUCACCUUAUGGAUACAAUAUGGGAAUUGACUACAAAACAACUACCAUAUUGCUCGAUGGACGUAGGGUCAAGCUCCAGCUUUGGGACACCUCAGGACAAGGCAGAUUCUGCACCAUUUUCCGCUCGUAUUCCAGAGGGGCACAGGGUGUUAUCCUUGUAUAUGACAUCACAAACCGAUGGUCUUUUGAUGGCAUCGACAGAUGGAUUAAAGAGAUUGAUGAGCAUGCACCGGGUGUUCCCAAAAUCCUGGUGGGAAACAGGCUUCAUCUGGCCUAUAAGCGUCAGGUGACAACAGACCAUGCCCAAGCAUUUGCAGAGCGACUGGGCGUCACAUUCUUUGAGGUCAGCCCUCUCUGUAACUUCAACAUUACUGAGUCUUUCACUGAACUGGCCCGGAUUGUGCUCAUGAGGCAUGGUAUGGAGCGACUGUGGAAACCCAAUAAAGUUUUGAGCCUGCAGGACCUGUGCUGUCGUUCUAUCGUGUCCUGUACUCCAGUGCACCUUGUGGACAAACUUCCCCUACCUGUUGCCUUAAAGAGCCAUCUAAAGUCCUUCUCCAUGGCUAACGGCCUCAACGCCAGGAUGAUGCACGGUCGUUCCUACUCAGUCAUAACCAGCAGUGCUAAAAAAAGGAACGCAACCAAAAAAUCCAAAAUCAUCUACCCGCCAAUGAGCCCCUCCCAGAUCUGCGCACGGACAACCUGCAAGAUUUCAUAGUUCAAUGCCGUUUCUGUACAUUGAAAUAAACACUCAAAAUGCAAUUUAAACAAGGAGCUAGUGUUCAAAGCCAACACAGUCUUACAAUAAAUACAAACAAGCUAGAGAAUUGUGGCUUAUGAUGUCUUCAAUCUAUCAAGGGGAUUGAUCAACCAGGUACACAAUGUCAGCUUGAUUAAAACAGAUGCUCUUGGCCAUAUCCAAUAGUGAAUGCUGAAAGAGACUGGACAGACUUUCAAGUGAGGAUCUAAGUGUCACCAAGCCUUUAUAAUGUUCUGCGUUGUUUAAAUAUAUGUACAAGUUCUUUUGUCUUGUAAAUGUAUUGAGACUUGAUGGUACUGCAUUUUCUUGUGGUGGACUCUUUUACUACCUAACUUGGACCAAACCAGCAGGAGAAACACAGGCGGCUUUUCUGAUUUGUGAUCACUUUCAAAAUGGAUCUUACUGAUAAAAAGUAAUACCAGCUUAAAUUCCUUUAAUACUUUUAUUCACAUACUUUUCAGGGGCAAAGAGAGAAAAGUCAAGGUUGACACAUGCAGCUAUUUGUAUUGUGUAUAUAUAAAAAAAUGUGUUUGAUACUACAUUGUUAGAAUUUAUUAUUGUGAUACACUUGAUUAGUGACCAAUAUUGUAAGUUUAUAUGGGAAACACACCAAAGACAUGGGAGAUUAGCUACAAUGUGACUUCAUUUGUCAGAUUGAAAACAACACUAAUAGUUCAGAUUUACACUGCAAGCAAACACAAAUGUCUAAUUUGCUGUCAUAUCAGGUUUUAAAUAAAGAUAAAACCAUGUGAUAAAUUCAAGAGGUCAUAUAUUCCGAUAUUCAACAAAUGUCCACUAGAGGGCAGCUCAUGUCUUCCUUUAGGUAGUCUGAGUCAAACCACUUGUAGUAAAAUGAAGGGGAGAUAUUGAAAUUCACAAUAUGGUGGAUGUAGAAACAGGAAGUCCCACCGUACAGGUAAAAGUGUCAAAAAAGUGUUCUUACAGACAACGCCAGUCAUCGGCUGCGUCCAAAACCAAGAAAAUGCUGCCUCAUGAGGCUGUAUGGAGAUAGGAAGGGAUUAAGACACGCCCGAAUCCACUGUUCGCACCACAUCCAUUCUACCGAGAUACUUUCAUCUGAUCGAUUUUUGAAGGCAGCACAAAUGAAUGUUACGAUGCCUAACAAAUCCCACAAUCCUGUGCGUGCAUUUCCACAACGGUUGAGCUGAAGAAGAAAAAUGGCGGCUUGAGAGGCAGUUGAUUGCCAAUUUAUUUUAUAAAUAGGCCUAAGCAUUUUUAUUAACUUUUUCCAACUUUUGAUUCCAUUUCUAGCGUGAAAGUACUGCAGUUAUUAAAUAUACAAUAGGAUAUCACCAGAACUUGUUUGUUCUAGAUUAUUAGACCAUUCAGUCCAACCAAACCCCAAUGAAGCAGAC